ACUCUGGAGAGAGGUAACUGGGGCGGGAAGCUGGACUUCCUCCUCUCCGCUGUCGGUUACGCUGUAGGUCUGGGUAAUGUCUGGCGAUUCCCUUAUCUGGCCUACAGAAAUGGAGGAGCCUCCUUCCUUUUCCCCUACAUCAUCAUGUUGUUUAUCGCCGGCCUGCCUCUCUUCUUCAUUGAGCUCGCCAUUGGUCAGUUUGCCUCUGAGGGGCCAAUCACCGUAUGGAAAGUGGCGCCUCUGUUUACAGGCGAAUUAUUCAAGAAAGACUGCGUCAUGAACAAAACAAUUGCGGAGACCUACAAUGACUACGACAUGAACCUAGGCUUCAGUGACCAGUACAAUAAAUGGAUGGAUUCUUUCUGGAACGCUUACCCCAGCUCUACCGGCCAGUUCUCCAACCUCACCUGGCAGCAGAUCCAGACCUUCUGGGGAUUCCAGGCCUGCGAGUACGAGUACAACACUCCGUCACAGGAGUUUUUUGAAUUCUACGUAUUGAGACAACAGAAUUCCGAGGACAUUGGGGACCUUGGAGAUAUUAGUCUGAAGCUGAUCCUCACCCUGUUCCUUGCUUGGCUUCUCAUCUUUGGGUGCCUCAUGAAAGGAAUCAAGACUUCUGGAAAGAUCUGGGGUGAUGCUGCCACUCAGAUUUUCUAUUCUCUGGGUAUCGGAUUCGGGGGGUUGCUCACCAUGUCUUCCUACAACAAGUUCCACAACAACUGUCCUGGUUUGGCUUUCAUCGCGUACCCAGACGGCAUUUCGCGUCUCCCCGCCUCCUCUUUGUGGGCCUUCCUGUUCUUUUUCAUGAUCUUAACCCUGGGAAUGGACAGUCAGGGAGGUAUACGAGUUCUGACUCUGAUGAACGACUACAGUGGAAGUUACAAUCUGAUGGUUGUAGCCUUGUUUGAAAUCAUCUGCCUUUGUUACGUCUACGGCCUCAACAAUUUCCGAUCCGACAUUGAGAUGAUGCUGGGAUUCAAACCCAUGUACUACUGGAUCGUCACAUGGAUGUUCCUCACACCUGUUGCCAUUAUUUUCAUCAUCGUGGUCUCGGCUAUCCAGUACGAGACAUCCGGGUAUGGCGACGAGACAUUCGCGCCCUGGGCUGAGGGUAUUGGCUGGCUCAUGGUCGCCGUGCCCAUCCUCGCCAUCCUUAUUGUCGGCGUCAUCCAAUUCUGUAGAUACGGCUACCCUGCGUGUAUCCAGCCCACGUCCACCUGGGGUCCCUCCCAGCCCGAGGAUCGCACAGGACGCUACGCGGCCAUCAACGCGGCCUUCGAGGACGACAACGGCACCGCCCUGCCUUACGUGGUGGACAGCAAGAACGGUCCUCCGCCCACCUUAAACAACGACAACAAGGGCUACGAGUACGACAACUCCGCGGCCCCUUACGUCACGCAAAGACUGUAGACGAGUGUUGGGGUAAAGGAGGAGGGUGCUGCGCACACGGUGCGAUUUGAAUACGUUUGAAGAAGUCGAAAGAAGUCGCACUGCGAUAUAUAAUAAUACGAUGAGUCUAUGGUCGACGUCGAAAUAAUGUGUUGAGAAUAUCAAUUGAACUUAUUGAAAAUAGAUCUACACUGACUUACAGCAGUACAGUGUUUAGGCUGCGCUUCUUAUAGUUAGUUCUGCUGGACGCGCUAUUUUAUUAGUGGGAGUUUUUUGUUGUUUU